AUUGGUUUUACCGUACAUUGCCAAACGGCGAAAAAGCUUUACGCUCUUGGUUGGCAUAUUCUCCAUCAAAAAAAUCACUGUUUUGCUUCUGUUGUCGUUUGUUUGAGGACUCGAACUCAACAAAGGCGAGAAUGGCUUCGAAAUUUACCUCCUCAGAUGGAUUCAAUACUUGGUGGAAACUGAAUCCUAAAGUUGCUAAUCACGAGUCAAGUGUUCAGCAUAGCCAACAUUUUUGCAAAUGGAAGGAGUUAGAAUCGAGACUUUGAAAAGGACAAACAAUUGACCAGAAAGAACAAGAAGUAGUGGCGAAAAAGAGUAAAAAAUGGCAUGAAUUGCUUACAAGAAUGUUUGAUGUAAUACGAUUUCUGGCAAAAAAAAAUUUAGCAUUACGUGGUCACAGAGAAAACGAAGACAGUGCCAAUAGGGGAAACUUUUUAGAAUUGGUGGAGCUACUGGCAAAAUACGAUCCCGUUCUCAGAGAGCAUCUAGUAAGAAUAAAAAUGGGUCAAAACAUUUCUGUUACUUAUAUGUCACCUGAAACUCAAAACGAGUUUAUUGAAAUUUUAGGAAACAAAAUUCGUCAAGAAAUUGUAGCUCGUGUUCAAAAGGCCAAGUAUUAUUCCAUGAUUUUUGACAGUACCCCAGAUGUUUCCCAUAAGGACCAAACUAGCCAGAUAUUACGAUAUGUGGUAAUUGAAAAUCAUGAGGUAAGAGUAGAGGAAUCAUUUAUGGAUUUAAUUGAAACCAAAACAAAAAACGCGGAAGGCAUGACUAACAUGAUACUAAGCAAACUCGAGGCAGAUGGCCUGGACAUUAUGAACUGUAGAGGGCAAGCAUAUGAUAAUGCUGCUACGAUGGCUGGAUGCCACACAGGGGUCCAACAAAGAAUUAAGGACAUGAAUCCUGAUGCCGAAUUUGUCCCCUGCUCAAAUCACUCAUUAAACUUAGUCUGCGUACAUGCAGCUUCAGCGGAAAUAAACUCAGGUACAUUUUUCGGUACGCUAGAACGCUGCUAUAUUUUCUUUUCUAUGUCGAUGCACCGGUGGGAAGUCCUUCUUGCAGCCACAGGUAAAAGUUUGAAGAGGAUUCAAGACACACGAUGGAGCGCUAGAGGUGAUGCUGUAAACUACAUGAAAAACCAUUAUAAGGAUACAUUAACUGCUAUUGAAAAUUUAACAGAACCAGAGGAAAGCCUAAACACGCGGACAGAUGCUGGAACUUUAUUAAUAGCGAUGCAGUCUUUUUCGUUUUUAUGUUUUUUAGGCCUCUGGCAGCCAAUACUCUCUGAAGUUAAUGAUACUCAAACUUAUUUGCAAACGAAAGGACUCAAUAUUGAGCAGUGUGCUCAAAAAGUAAAUGCUUUACUCGCAAUCUGUGAAAGAAAACGGGAAGAAUUUGUAGACGGAGCAGUAGCAUACGCUAAAAACCAAUGUGAAGAGCUCGGAAUUUCUUGCGAGCCCCCAAGGCAAGCAAGACGGAAGCAUCUUUAUGGUGAUGGAAGCAGAGAUGUCGGUCUGUCUUAUGAAGCAGACUUGCGUCGAAAAAUGUUCGCUUCUAUAGACAGGAUGAUUUCUGAGAUCAAACAAAGAUUUCAGCAGUUACAAGAUCUGGCCCAAGAAUAUGGGGUUUUGAGACCAGAAAUUUUAUUAGGUGACGGCAGUAUCAACCUCGAUGGAGCUCCAAAAGACAUUAACAGCGAAGAUUUUGUACUUGAGCGCGACCGUCUCCGGGCUUUCGUAACAGCCUCAGACCCGGACAAGAAAGUACAACUAAUGAAGUCCAACUCAUUAGAUUUGUUAAAAUACAUAGUGGAAGCGAGGCUAGAAGAGUGCUUGCCUAACAUUAUUAUAAUGUUAAGGAUUUUUUUGACAACCGCAGUUAGCAAUGCCAGUUGCGAGAGGAGCUUUUCAAAGUUAAAGCUAAUUAAAAAUUAUUUACGCUCAAGAAUGUCAGAGCUGAGACUAUGUAAUCUUGCCAUAUUAACGAUUGAACACACAAUUAAUAUUGACUUUGACUCUUGCAUUCGAGAUUUUACCGAAAAAAAAAGCAAGAAGAGUAAAAUUUUAAUAAAUAAUAGUAAAUCUUACCCUAGGAGACUUGCCGUUCUUGAGAAGUUACAUGACGCAAAUAUGACUUGUAAUAUAGAGAAAUGUAAAUUCCUGCAAGUGGAGGUAAAGCUGCUAGGGCAUAUAGUUAGCACUAAAGGGAUUCAGAUGGACCCAGACAAGACAAAAGCUAUCCAGGACUUCCCCGUUCCUAAAAACGUGAAGCAAGGGGUUACGGAUAUCAACACCGCGAAAGUUCAGCACCCAGAAAUAAACUUAUUUGAAACUACGAAUUCGCGGAUAAUUAGGCAACAGCUAGCGGAAAUAGGGCGACACCAGGUAGAAGACGGGGAUCUGAAAAUAAUAAUAGAUAGUCUGUCUAACAAAGAAAACAUAGCUAGGGACAAGAUCGUACCAGUAGUAGAGAUUAACAGGUUGACGGUCAGUGGGUCAGAGCAGGUAGAAAUGGAGAAGACAAUAGAUAUAGCGCCGGCGCUAAGUAGUUAUUGUUCGGAUUUAUGA